AUGGAAGAGGAGAAAGAGCCAAAUUCAGCGGGUAGUUCUCCAAAAUCUGCCGCAGAACUUAAGAAUGCUGGUGAACAGCCGGAUCCGAAACUUGAGCGGCGAUUACUCUGGAAAUUUGACAUUCAUAUAAUCCCUAUCCUAUUUCUUGUAUAUUUUUGCGCCUUCUUGGACAGGAUCAAUGUCGGCAACGCCUUGAUUGAAGGCAUGCUGGAGGAAUUGAACAUGAAUAACACCAGUGAUCCCCGCAUCGCGCUGCUUAUUUUCUUCGUUCCAUAUAUCCUUUUGGAAGUUCCGAGCAAUGUUCUUCUUAAACGAGUUGCGCCCUCCACCUGGAUUACCAUCCUCACUUUCUUCUUUGGAUUCAUCUAUCUCAUGAGCAUGUACUACAAGAGACACGAAUUCCAAAAGAGAUUCGCUGUUCUUUUUACGUCCGGCAUGGUUGCAGGUGCCGUCGGAGGACUCCUGGCAUUUGAAUUGGCCAAACUUGACGGUGUUGGAGGUUACUCUGGAUGGCGAUGGAUAUUCAUCGUUGAAGGCCUUAUGUCAAUCUCACUUAGCCUUGUCACGAAAUUCCUUAUCGUGGACUGGCCUUCUGAAGCUACAUUUCUCACGGAAGAGGAGCGACUCACAGUUGCAGUACGCUUAAAGGAGGAUGUAGGCUCUGCAAAAAUGGACAGGCUCGAUCGACAAUCAUUGCAGAUCAUCAUAAAGGACUGGAAAAUAUAUACAGGUGCCUUAAUAUACCUCACCAUCAAUACCUGUGGAUAUUCCACCGCUCUCUUCAACCCUACUAUUUUGAAACAAUUUGGGUAUAACGCAUCUCAAUCACAAGUCCAUAGCAUCCCGAUUUGGGGGACAUCCGCAGCAGUUAUCAUUCUUGUAGGCUACCUCAGCGACAGAAUCCGCCAUCGCUGGGGCUUCGUUAUUUUUGGGUGUUUCUUCUCUAGCAUUGGAUAUAUUCUGCUACUCAACCAACACCACUCAUCUUUAAGAGUCAAAUACAUGGCACUCUUCAUAGUCAAUAUCGGCGUAUACAUCGCACACCCCGUCACCAUCGUAUGGCUCUCUAACAACUUAGCCGGGCACUACAAACGGGCAUUCGGAAGCGCUUUCCAGAUUUCUUUUGGUAACAUCGGCGGCAUCGUGGCCAGUAAUCUAUUCCUCCCGAACGGUGCUCCGCUCUUCAAAGCAGGCUAUGGGAGUGCUCUGGCUUUAACAGUUGUAUGUGCCCUCUUAUCCACGGUAUUUAUGCUUGCACUGGAUAGAGAAAAUAAGAUGCGGGAUGCUGGACGCCGCGAUUAUCGGUUCAAUUUAUGUCAAGCCGAGUUGGAAAACCUUGGAGAUGAUCACCCAGAUUUCCGAUUCACAAAAUGA